AUGUUUACCAAUAUGACGUCACCCAGUUGGGAGUCACCAAUCUUCGAACAAGAAUUCUCAGACACCAGUACAGCAGGGGCGUUCUACAACAUGACCGACACCUCUAACACUUCGGCCACCACAGUGAACCCCUUCAUAUCGCUGAAACAGUACACCAUCUUCAAGGUGGCCCACGCCAUCAACAACUACUACCUCUGGGUGGUGUUCGCCUUUGGGUUUCCUGGUAACAUUGUUAGUUUCAUUACAAUCCUGCGCAUGAAACCGGUCUCCUCGCCUACCGUCUACGUGGCGGCAGUUGCCUUUGUGGACAACAUGUGCCUGUUGUUUAAGUUUGCCUUCUUUAUUCUAACCAAGUUCGACGCCCGGCUCGGGGAUGAGGGAUGCUCGGCACUGAUUUUUCUCGGCUCUUUUGCUGCCCAUUUCGCCAAUUGGUUGCUGGUGGCCAUGACAGUAGAGCGGUGCCUGGCCAUUUGUCUGCCCCUAAAG